UUAACGGCGAAAUAUCUGACAUAGUAUUAGGAUUUUGACAUUUCUUCAGUAGCAAUUUUGAUGCGGAAGGUACUCACUGAAACUACUUUGGCAUUUUAAAAUGUCCAAACACAUUUUUUAAAUUAAGGAACGUCUGAUGCGAAUUAAUUUUAAGCAUUUUUUACAUUUAAGGUAUUUGAUUUCAAAUCGCUUUCAACUCAUGUUACGUCCACCAUUCAUUUUGUACAGUCCGACAGGAAGUACUGUUUUGUUUGACGUUUUCAAUCUGCAGUAACACAUAUUUGGUCAUCACCGUCACGACAAACUUCAGCGGGACGAGCGUUUGGUUACGUAAAGGCGUCAGUCCGGGUGGAUUAUUCAACAGUCAGUUCUUUUCUGUGUCCGACGGUUGCGGCAUGAGUGGCAUUUGUGGACACAGUUAUUUUCAUUCUUUGACGGAACGGGAGCUCAAGAAGAGGCUGUUAUGCCAGCAGCGAGGCGACCGCGGCACCUUUGAUUUGCUAUGGUGAUACUACAAGCUAACCCGUAGCUAGCGCAAGGCUUGUUUUUGGGAGAUACCUUUUUGAUAAACCCACAUGCUCACACAUGAACUAGCCACUUCUUGUGAAAUUUUGUGAAGCUGUAACACAGAAGGGGAAUGUCUAACCAAGGUGUUAGGAGAAAUGGCCCGGUUAAGCUGCGAUUGACAGUCCUGUGUGCAAAGAACCUAGCAAAGAAAGACUUCUUCCGGUUGCCAGAUCCUUUCGCCAAAGUGGUGGUGGAUGGGUCUGGUCAAUGCCAUUCCACAGAUACUGUGAGAAAUACGCUGGACCCAAAGUGGAAUCAACAUUAUGACCUUUACAUUGGAAAAGCAGAUUCCAUCACCAUCAGUGUAUGGAACCACAAAAAGAUCCACAAAAAGCAAGGCGCAGGAUUCCUGGGCUGUGUUCGUCUUCUCUCCAAUGCCAUCAACAGACUCAAAGACACUGGUUAUCAGAGACUGGAUCUGAAUAAGCUUGGCCCAAAUGACAAUGAUACUGUGAGAGGACAGAUAGUUGUAAGUCUUCAGUCCAGAGAUCGGAUUGGGACAGGAGGGCCAGUGGUGGACUGCAGUCGACUAUUUGACAAUGAUUUACCUGAUGGCUGGGAAGAGAGGAGGACAGCCUCUGGACGCAUGCAGUACCUAAACCACAUCACACGUACAACGCAGUGGGAAAGACCCACCAGACCCGCGUCAGAGUACUCCAGCCCUUCGGGGCGUCCGCUGAGCUGCGUGGUUGACGAGAACACACCGGUGGUGACACCAGUCAACGGGGCAGAGGCCAGCUGCCCGCCAGGUGAACAUCGGCUCCAGGAAAGACGGGUUCGAUCACAGCGGCAUCGCAACUACAUGAGUCGUACACACUUGCAUACACCUCCUGACCUACCUGAGGGUUAUGAACAAAGAACAACUCAGCAGGGCCAGGUGUACUUCCUCCACACACAGACUGGCGUCAGUACAUGGCACGAUCCACGAGUGCCAAGGGACCUAAGCAAUGUGAACUGUGAGGAGCUUGGCCCUCUGCCACCAGGCUGGGAGAUCAGAAACACUGCCACUGGCCGAGUCUACUUUGUCGACCAUAAUAAUCGAACUACACAAUUCACAGAUCCACGCUUGUCUGCGAACCUGCAUCUAGUACUCAAUCCCAGUCCAAGUCCAAAUGGUUCCCGUGUGGCCACGGACAGCCAAAACACUAACCUCAGUCAUCCGCCACAGUUGAAGGAUCAGGGUGGUCCUGGAUGUCUUCAGCAAGCUCUGUCCCCAGCGCAGUUGCCGGAAGAAGCAGAGUGUCUGACAGUGCCCAAAUAUAAAAGAGAUCUGGUGCAAAAGCUGAAGGUCCUGCGGCAAGAGCUAUCGCAACAACAACCUCAGGCUGGUCACUGCCGCAUCGAGGUCUGCCGAGAAGAAAUCUUUGAGGAGUCAUACCGGCAGGUGAUGAAGAUGCGUCCAAAGGAUCUAUGGAAAAGACUGAUGAUCAAAUUCAGGGGAGAAGAGGGACUGGAUUAUGGUGGGGUAGCAAGGGAAUGGCUGUACUUGCUGUCCCAUGAGAUGUUAAAUCCCUACUACGGCCUCUUCCAAUACUCAAGAGACGAUAUUUACACUCUACAGAUUAACCCAGACUCUGCUGUCAACCCGGAGCACUUGUCAUAUUUUCACUUUGUGGGUCGCAUCAUGGGCAUGGCGGUGUUCCACGGCCACUACAUUGACGGAGGCUUCACUCUGCCCUUCUACAAACAACUGCUGGGAAAACCAAUCACUCUGGAUGACAUGGAGUCUGUUGAUCCCGACCUCCACAACAGCCUUGUCUGGAUUCUGGACAAUGACAUCACCGGUGUGCUGGAUCACACUUUCUGUGUAGAGCACAAUGCCUAUGGAGAAAUCAUCCAGCAUGAGCUCAAACCCAACGGCAAAUGCAUCCCAGUCACAGAGGAUACCAAGAAGGAAUAUGUCAGGUUGUAUGUAAACUGGCGUUUCCUCCACGGCAUUGAGGCUCAGUUUCUGGCUCUACAGAAAGGCUUUAAUGAGGUUAUUCCUCAGCACCUCCUCAAAGCUUUUGACGAGAAGGAACUGGAGCUGAUCGUAUGUGGCCUCGGAAAAAUCGACAUCUCUGAUUGGAAAUCCAACACCCGUCUGAAGCACUGCACCCCUGAGAGCAACAUUGUCAAGUGGUUUUGGAAAGCUGUGGAAUCCUUCGAUGAGGAGCGAAGGGCCCGACUCCUGCAGUUUGUUACUGGAUCAUCCAGGGUGCCACUACAAGGCUUUAAGGCUUUACAGGGAGCUGCUGGACCCAGACUCUUCACCAUUCACCAGAUCGACGCCAACACCAACAAUCUUCCCAAAGCCCACACCUGUUUCAAUCGGAUUGACAUUCCACCCUACGAGAGCUACGACAAGCUGUACGACAAGCUGCUGACUGCUAUCGAAGAGACGUGUGGCUUUGCGGUGGAAUGAGCGACGCACUGAGUUCGUGUUUGCGUCUGACUAUGUUGAGAGCAAGACUCUGGUGGACUGUUUGCAGUCAGUGUCUCGUGCAGACGCACUCAGUCUGUAUGUCUUCUGCCGUCCUGCAGUCUUCCUCUUCUCUCACUGCUUUCUUCACUUACCGGUGUCAUGCUCUGUUCAUGCUGCUAAACAAUCAUCCCUGUUUUUUGGUUUGUUUGUAUGUGGGAAUUGGGGGGGGGGGGGGGGGGGUGUUGUUGUUGUAGUAGUGGUUGGUGUGACUAAAGGUAAAUCCUGAGAACGUGAGUGUUGGCAGCUGCAGCAUUCAUCAUGUUGUCAGAACGGAGAAACCCUGAAAGAUGCUCUGUGGCACUUUCACUUAAAAUCUGAUCAACUGAUGAAGCAGAUUAUCAGCCAUCAAGCUCACAGCCCUUUAAAAUGAGCCAGUCACAGGUUUAAACUGCGGGGUCAUCAUCAUGCUACUGAAUCUUUAACAGGUCUGUUUUACGUAUAGCCACAUCUUGCCCUCAGUAGCCAUUUUGACCUCGACCGAUGCGCCUCUGGGCCAUCUGCAGAUUGAUCUUAUAGUGCCAGAGAUUCAUCCUACCUCAGUGCAACGCUUUGUUAUGCGCAACCAAUUCAGUUGAAAGUACAGAGAUUACCCUGUUUGUUUGUUUGUUUUUUUUCUUUUGAGAUCAUGGCCAGUGUACUCAGUGAUAAACCAUAAAUUUUGUAAAGUGAUGCUGCAUGAUGCUCUAUUUUAGUGCCAGCAGUCAUUUUGAAAUUGACUCUUGACAUCCCUGCUGUCCAGACGGGUGCAGCUGUAGGUCUGGCGUUUUGUGGCAAUUCUGAGUUACUGUUUGGUAAUGAGAGGCAGUCUGUGUUGAAAAAGCAACUAUGAUUUUUGUAUUGUUUUCCACUCCACAAAUGCAACAUCUACUUGUGAACACGUGUUUCUGCAAGCAAGUGUAUAAAAAAUUUGUACGACACCAAGACAUUUAGUCGAUGCACAGAUCAACUUCCACCAGAAGUGGAUCACAGCUGAUGGAAUCUCUGUUUGAACUCCGCUCGUCUGACAUGUCUCUCAUAGAGCACAGGUGGUGACCAAGUGGUUAGUGCGCUUGGUUUCAGUAUGGUAGGUUCCCGGUUCAAACCCCACUCUUGCCACAUUUCUUCAUGUGAUGGUCAGGAAGGGCAUCCGGUGUAAAAAAUUGGGCUAAAUCAACAUGCAGAUCUACCUUGGAUCUGCUGUGGCGGCUCAGAGUGAAAAACAAGGGAGCAGCCGAAGGGACGAUCUAUCUUCGUUAACCCCCCCCCACCACCACCACCACCCCGCUUCUCCCCGGUCACUUUAGAGCACUUUAGAGACUGAGUGAUGACAGGAGUUCUUUCUUCAUGAUAGAUUAAAAUUUAUUGUUUCAAUUACAGCUAAUUUAGAAAUACGUAUACAAAGUAAAAAGUAUCUACACACCUGUAAUUUUUGAGUAUAUAUAUGUACAAAUGCAUAGAUACUUUGUCUUUUAUUGCCUGUUCUUUCUGUUCAAGAUAAAUGCAAGCAUGUUGUUGUCUGUCAAAGACCUCUUGGCAUUCUCAGGUGAAGUUGUCUUUUGUUUAUAAUCUUACGUUACUAGGCUGGUAUGUGAAUAGUGAAAAACCUUUAAUGGAGGCUUGAUAAGAGUCUCUAUCUUUUAUGAGAGAUUUUGUCACUUUUUUUUAAAAAUAUGUCUUAUUUAAAGGCAAGAGCGGCCACUCCAAGCCAACAAACACAGCAGAUUAAAACUUCUUCAGGUGUGCAUGAGCAGUGUGAACACAAUGUGUGCGUGUGCGUGUGUGUGUGUGUGUUCGCACGCAUGCGCGUGUGUGGUCUUUACUAAAGCUGGAGGCUGAGCGCUGCUGAACUUGGUGCUACGCAGUGAAAAUGUUCAACCAAAUGAAACGUCCCCGAUAACCUUGUAGGAAUGGAUGCUCAGUAGAUACUUAUUGUCUUUCAUAAUAUUACUAUUGUCGGAAAAAUAAAUAUAUUGGGACCACCAUGAGACAGUAAUAAUGGUUGGACAGCAUUUUCUUGAUUUAUCUUUAAAACCUUGACUUGGAGUUAGAACAGAAAUGCAUUAAAAUCCUUUUUGCACACCUUAUGCAUAUUUGAAUUCCAACUUAUAAUCAGACACUUCCUUACAUUUACCACAUAGUUAAUGGACUGUGUUUUUUUUUUAGUAUAGUUACACAUAUAGAUAUGCACAUCCUUGAUAUGCACAUACAUGUUUGUUCAGGACUCUAUGCUCCCUAUUUCAUCUUCAUUACAAGUGUUUUGAAGGUUGAGUGCUUCCACAAAAAGAGAUCACAAACUCAUUUUCUUACCUCUCCCCAUUUAAAGAGCCAAAGUGGUGUGUCUGACAGUUUUGCAUACUUUAACCUUUUUAUCCCCCACACUUGAAAGCCUGUGAUGUCGGGUGGUCUGAAUGAUUAAUAUUAAACACUCAGGACCUGAUUUACUAAAGGUUUGUUUGUAACGUGUAAACACCACUGCGUUCACAAACACGCCUGCAUGUUGAUUCAGUAACUGUGCAGUGAGUGUUUGUUAAAUUAGCAAAAUAAGGCGUAUUAUCAAUUUAGUAUGUUUAUCUUUCUGAAUAUGCAAUUUGGGGUUUAUCCACAUGAAAACAUGGGAGGGAAUGUACAAAUAGGUGUGGUUUGUACAUGCGGCAUGAUUUAUCAAGGUCACAAGUAAAUUUAGCAGUUGCUGAUUGCAUUUUGCAACUCCUUAUUCAGUCAGGCCCUCAGUCUUCGGAAAUGAUGUCAUUAAGUGUUUUGAUCUCGACUGCAGGCUUUAAUGUUCAUAUUUGACUUCUCAUUUCAUUUGUUGCUUCAAAAGACCUGUGAACACAUAACUCUUCAACUCCCAGCAUCUGCAAUUACAUAAAAUGUCUUUCUGUGCACAUUCUUUGAGCAUCAGUGACAUUUGAGUAUAGUGUAAAGCAAAAGAUUUUUUUUAAAUUGCAACAUAUUUUCAUUUUCUAUCAGUUUUUGUAUUUAUUAUUACAUUAUAUGUGUUCAAAGUUUGUCACAUCAGCUGCUUUGUGAGCUUGUAACUGACACCUGUACAUACGGACAAUAAAGAAGUAAAGUAAUAACUUCUUGUACCCUUGCAGAAAGCUGAGCAAUAAAACUAUGCUGUUUGGUCAUCACAGCAUUAUGUUUUAUACAA